AUGAAAUUAAAUUAUUUAUUAUUAUUAGUUUGCAUAGUUAAAAUUUUUGGUGGUAUCAACGCCAGUUGCGUUUACAAUGGUUUAGACUAUACUCCAUUAAGCUUUGCUUCAUUUAACUACAACACUGGUCACUACAAAUACUACUAUGCUGUCUGUAAUUCUGCUCUCGGUUGCCCAUCAGGUAGUGCUGGUUGUCAAAUUGAUGAAAACUUUUCAAAUUUCGAAAACUCCCUUGGUUCUGUUGGCUCUGGUAACUUCUCAACUAAAAAUGGUAAAACAGUUCUCUCAUAUCAAGAUUCUGCUGCUACUUGUGGUAGUCCAUUAAAAAAGAGAAUUUUAAAUAUUGAAUUAGUUCCAUCAUCCGUUAGACUACCAAAUGGCUUCAUUGAAUCUGAAGUCACUGAAACCUCAAGCUGUGUUUAUGGUGUUACUGUUACUUAUGACCCUUCAAUGGUUAAAACCGCUUGUUAA